GUAUCCUGAUAAGCUGAUUUAAUUUAAGUGAUAACAAUUUUUUCAACAAUUCAACAUCCGUUGAAAAUAAUAAUUAUGCAUUUUUAGUUUUAAUUUAGCACCUAAAUAGUGAAAGAAGACGAAGCGGAACCGAUUGAUUAACACUAGGAAGAGUCAAUUUUUCCCUGUGUAAAUCUGUCAACCGGUAUUCGAGAUGAAUAAAGAGUAUAUUUGCGAAUGUUGCGGACAUAGCAUAACAGAAUGCGACUCAGACGACGAUAUAUAUGUGACCACAUGCAGGCACAUAUAUCAUUACCACUGCCUAUACCGGAUGAUCUAUGAGCCGACAGAAAAGGAAGGAAAUCGAUGGAUUACUCGUUGCAAACGCUGCAAAAGUAUCAUCGAAACAACAGAUUGUCGAAAAAUUGAUUUCCAUGUCCGGACAUCGAAUUCAACUACAAAUGGUAACGACGAAUCUGAACAACAAUGGAAGUCGAUGGCUAUGUCUCUAUCUUCAGAAUGCACGCAGAUACGUAACGAGCUCGAACAGAAAACCAAGGAAUAUGUAGAGCUUCUAUCGAAGUACAACGCAAUGCGUAAUCAACAACAUGCGUCGUUAUUCGCAGCGACGACGACGCCGACGCCGACAAGACCGCAACCGGUUGCACCAGCUAUACCGAUAGAACCACCUCAAGCACCAUCCUUAUUCCUUCAAGCCAUCUCGCAGAGUACGUUCUAUGAAAGCAGGCAACCAACGAUAAACUCAGUAAACUCACUAACAGUGGGUAUCCGUCGAUCGGGCGAGUCAGUUCUGAAUAUGCCACAACGCCAUACCUUUGGUUUCGAUAAUCAGCGCAAUGAUGCUGAUAUUGCUGAUAGGAGGAAGAUCAUCGAGCAACGUCGAGCGAUCACCGCAGCAUCAGAGCGCACAUACCAACCUCCAGUGGGGAAUGGCACAAAGCGAUCAUGGAGUGAAAGCUCCAACAGCUGUCGAACGGCGGCGUAUAAACACACUCGAGGCAUCCCAAAUACUAGCUCGAAAGCUAGAAUUCCAAAGGCAAGUUCUCCAGGAACGAAUCAAGGAGCCAGAAAACCACCACCCAACCUGCCAGCUAAAGAAAAAGUACCACCGCCAUUAGUUAAAAAAGGUACCACACGUGAAAAGGGCAGUAAUGUGAAAAAAUACCGUCAACGUUACAAUACGGAUCCGGAAGAACUCCGGCCAUUCUAUCCAUUAAACAGUUUCCCGUACGACUUCAUGGCCUGUGGAUACGAAAUCAACCAAGACAAUCAUUAUAUCGCGUUCUUCGCACACGAAAUAAUACUAAUCGGAGAUGGCCAUAUCUCAGCGAUGGCACAUAAAUUAGCGAAAAACAAACCAUACCAACGCAAGCUCAAUCCGAACCUGUAUCGAAGGAAUCUCACCAUCAAAGCGCUGUACCAAUACCUUCAGAAGUUCUCGCGUUUUCCAAAAAGAAUUAUGAUUUCGAUCGGUAAUUUCGACGUACACCUGGGUACCGCCACUGACGAAUUUGGAGACUACAUGGAGAAAUUGUGUACUUUAUUUAGCAAAUUCGGAGUUACCGAGAUAAUACUCGUACCUCUACUUCCGAACCCGCGAGCGGGACCAGCGUUGUCUGAAAUAAAUCAAGUAUUAUCCUACGAUUGGGGCACGACAAUGAAUUGUACCACGACCAGGCUCACAGACAUCUUCGAUGAAAUACUUCAAUAUCCAUCCGACAUCGACCACCAUGGUCCAUCUUAUGAACUCAAUUGCUACCAUGAGAUAUUACAGCAACUUGCUACACGUUUCAUACCACCGGUACGAUAUCAACUGGUUAAAAAUCAGGAAAACGAAGACGAUGAACCUGCUGAACAAAUUCAGCACGGAGUCGAACGAAUGGCAACCGAACAUAUGCAGCAAGAUGAACCCGAGUUAUCUAAAAAUUUAUUCGUCGACACCGAGAUGCACAAUUCGUCAGAGAUUACAUCGUCGACAACCGAUUCAGAAAAAACGAGCGCUACGACAUCCCCAGAUGACGUUCUUACUACGAAAAAAACCUUUGCAAUCGCGUCUAACGGAGCCAGCCAAUCCUACGAGGCCAGUCAUGAAGAAAAUCACUACAGCCCAACAGCUGAUGUAAAGACGUCUCCGUGGUAAAAUUUGACAAAAAAACGCCUUAAAGAAAGCGAAAGAAGCAACUCGUCGUCGUGAUGCUGAAAGACUCCACCAAUUAGCUGAAAACGCCGCAUUUCUGAACUGAAAUCGAUUAUCGACUCUCGACUCAUUUUUUUAAAAAGGCUGACGAAACGAAAAAUAAAUUACGAAGCAACAGUGCAACUGCAACACUGAUUAUUUGCUUGUUCAUCAAAAAAUUGGAACAAUAUGCCAAUUAUUGGCAAUUCGUGGAUUGUGAGGAGUGUUAGUCGAUCAACAGUCUUCACCUUUCGGUUCGAGUUUCAUUUCAUUUAAUUAUAUGGGUAAAUUUGAAUUUGUACCUACUUCUACACGUAUUUUCCUGUACGCAAAAUGUAAAUAUACUUUGUUCUUUCUUCUGA